GCGACGCUUGCGGAACACAGCGGUGUGCCAGGGGUUGGGCUGUUUGGGCGUCUGGAACUUUGGGUAUAGGCUUAGGGAGGCUGGGGUUUACCCUAUUCGUUAGCAUCAUCAAGGACCUGCAACUGUGAAAUUUUUCUAUUGUUUCUCCCUUCAUCUCCUAGAAUCCUAGGCCUUUGAGCUGAGUCAUGAAACCUGGAUUUUAUACCGUAGAGUUAAACAAAACCAAAUGGGAAAUUCCUUUGCGCUACAAGGAUCUUAGUCCGGUUGGAACUGGUGCCUAUGGACAAGUAUGUGCCGCGUUGGACACCCUGACCAAUACAAAAGUGGCCAUCAAGAAGCUCGCUCGGCCGUUUGACUCCGUCGUACACGGCAAGAGGACGUACCGGGAGCUGCGCCUGCUCAGACACAUGAAGCAUGACAAUGUCAUUGGGCUCUUGGACUGCUUCCAUCCAAAUACCUCAUAUGAUGACUUCAAGGAUGUCUACUUUGUCACGGACCUGAUGGGUGCCGACCUGAACAACAUUCUGAAGACGCAGUCGCUGACGGACGAGCACGUCCAGUUCCUGGUGUACCAGAUCCUGCGCGGUCUCAAGUACAUCCACUCGGCCGGCAUCAUCCACAGGGACCUGAAACCCAGCAACCUGGCGGUCAACGAGGACUGCGAGCUGAAGAUCCUCGACUUCGGCCUGGCGCGGCCCACCGAGCAUGAGAUGACCGGCUACGUGGCCACGCGCUGGUACCGGGCGCCCGAGAUCAUGCUCAACUGGAUGCACUACACCCAGACGGUGGAUAUCUGGUCGGUGGGCUGCAUCAUGGCCGAGCUGCUCACCAGGAAGACGCUGUUCCCGGGCACCGAUCAUAUUGACCAGCUUACGAGAAUUCUUUUCUUUUGCGGCACUCCUGAUGAGGCUACACUGCAAAAGAUAACGAGCGAGGAGGCUCGGGCCUACAUCCGCUCACUGCCACCGAUGAAGGCCAAAGAUUUCAAACAGUUCUUCCGCGGAGCGAAUCCCCUGGCGAUCGACCUGCUGGAGAAGAUGCUGCAGCUGGACGCCGACCUGCGGCCGACGGCCGAGCAGGCGCUGGCGCACCCCUACCUGUCACAGUACUCGGACCCGACAGACGAGCCCACCUCGCCGUCGUUCGACGAGGGCUUCGAGAUGGUCCAGCUGCCGAUCGAGCACUGGCGGCGUCUGGUCUUCGACGAGAUCGAGGACUGGGAGCGGAAGAACCCGCACCCGGCAGAGUGAGCCGAGCGCCCGCCUGCCAGCCGAGCGGCGCCGCCGCGCCCGGCGCUCAACGUUCGACUCGAGGCCAGCGCAGAGCGCGGCGCGCUGGCGUCAGUCGGGCUCGGCCGCCCGGUCCGUCCCCAUACCUGUGGCCAUUAGCUGUUUCAUUGCGCACCCUUCAGGGGCGUCUUUUGUAAGCGCUUCCGUCGGAAGCUCGGACUGCUCAUCCCCGAGCCCCGCCGAGUCUCCAGACGAGUCAUGGUCAUUUACCAUGGAAUGGCCGCGGUGCAUGUUAGCGGUCGAAUGCCGGGACCCAGAGCGGUAGGUGACAACGCAUGCCAUCUGGGUGGGGGAGAGCGUGUGGUCCGGCGCGGUGCUACUGGCGGGGCGCGCACGACGCCCGGCUGUGGUGCUGGUGAUAUAGCGGGGGUACGUGUGGCGAACGUUACGGCUUGCUGAUGGAGGUGCGACUAGUGCCAGGUGUCCCGUACCACAGCUCUGUCUCCGCAUGGUCCGCAUCGAGGAUUGUUCUGGACGCACCCGGCGCUGCGGCAGUAUGGCCGCAUGCGUUUGUUGCCAGUUUGUUGGCGAGUUCCGCGACUCGCUGCCGACACUGCCCUCUGGCACCUGCCCCGGCGUCCGCACGAUGUCGGGAGGGGCCGAACGCGUCCGGUCGGACGGGUUCGCCACCACAUCACGGGAGCGGGGCAGCUGGGGAGGGGCGGCCGCAACUCGCCGGGCACCGCAGUUCGCCGUCUGCUGACACUCUCCUCUGCCGGAUUACCCACAACCAAACGCCUGUAAUUUCCUUCAGACUUCACUUUUGCCGCCAUUACCGGUUAAAUAGAACUCUUGUUGCCUGCAGCUUCCUUUUCGGGAAUGUAGCUGCAAACGCUUUUUUACGUACGUAUCCUGAUGUUUGUCGGAAUUGUUGAAUUAUUUGUAAAUAUAUAUACUAAUUAUUUUACGCGGGGCCGUGAUCUUGAUAACAUUGUUCCGAUUCGCCGCGUUGUUUUCAACACUCAUCCGAAACGUAGAUAGAGUAGAAAAUGUAGCAGUGUUAUCACUGGCGAUGAAAUAAACGAGCACAUUUGUA